CAUCGCUGCGCAUCACAUCAUCAAUGAAAAUAAGAUGACACUAGUCAAAAGUCCAAUGCAGCCAUUUAUCAAAAUUCAACCCCUUCAGUCGCAGCCAUUUGAGAUGAUUUUGACUGAUCUUUGAAGGGACACAGAAUACUGUGUUCUAUGGCUAUAUGAACAUGGAACCUACUAAAAGAAAGGUUAGACUCCCGUCUUUCGUCAGAAGAAAAAAGUUUGUUUCUGCUCAUUUCUGUUCUUUCGGAAGCAGCAGUAGAACAUUGGUAAGUUUCAGGAAAAUAUCAGUUCCAGACUAGAAAAGGGAGAAAAAUAGCUUUUUGUGAAAAGAUUUCAAGCAUAACUUUCACUUUGACACAAAUAUUUUUUGCUUUUGUGACAGCUCACAUAUCUAAACAACUGCACCGCAACAUAAACAACACAAAAAAGGGGUUGUUUUACAUCAAAAUAAAAUUUUAUUUACAGAUACAAGACCGUGAACUAUUUACAGUUUUCACAUUUGGAAUGAAAGUGUGUGUGUGCGCGCAUGUGCGCAUGCGUUCAAAUUUCCCCACAAUGCGUAACCUUCUGCACGCUACACUCACUUCCUCCUUGCUGUGGAGGGUGUUAAUCCAUGCAAAAGAUCCAUGCCGAGCUGUCAUCAAAUGCACUUCUGCCAUUUUUGUGGCUUAAAACUGCACCUCUUUUGUUGUGCGCUUGCUUCAUCACCUCUUUUUGCCUCUUGCGCAAAAAAAAAAGUAAAAAAACAUAAAUACAUCCUUGGUAUUGAAUGAGUUAAUAUGGAUGAAUCCAUCAUCACCGUUAAUGUGAUGGAAAAUAUGAACGCAGUUAACCCAUCUGCAGGGACGAAUGACUCAAAAUCCCGGAAAUGUCUUUAGCACAGCAUUUCACAGUUUGUCCUAGUCGUGUUACAGCUGUGCAUGGGCAAAAGGACAGUGGAUCCAGUCAUGGCAGGCUGCAGAACCAAACAACAACUCGAUAUGGACGACACUACACAGCACAAUAUGUGAUGGACGUGUUGAUGCAGCAGAACUUUACCGAGCCUACCGCAAUCCAAUCUCAGGGCUUCCCUGUCGCUCUGAGUGGCAGAGACAUGGUGGGCAUAGCGCAGACUGGAUCUGGAAAGACUCUCGCUUAUCUACUUCCGUCUAUUGUGCACAUUAACCAUCAGCCCUACCUGGAGAGAGGAGAUGGACCUAUUUGUUUGGUCCUGGCACCGACAAGAGAGCUGGCCCAGCAGGUUCAACAGGUGGCUUACGAGUAUGGCAAGUCGUCCAGAAUCAAAAGCACCUGUGUCUACGGCGGAGCACCCAAAGGACCACAGAUUCGAGACCUUGAGAGGGGUGUUGAGAUCUGCAUCGCCACGCCUGGUCGCCUGAUUGACUUUCUGGAGUCGGGAAAGACCAACUUGCGUCGCUGCACUUACCUUGUGCUGGAUGAAGCUGACCGCAUGCUGGACAUGGGUUUUGAACCACAGAUUCGCAAGAUUGUUGAUCAAAUCCGGCCUGACAGACAAACCCUAAUGUGGAGUGCAACCUGGCCCAAAGAUGUCCGUCAGCUUGCUGAAGACUUUUUGAGAGACUACAUCCAGAUUAAUGUUGGUGCCCUGGAGCUCAGUGCCAACCACAACAUCCUGCAGAUUGUUGACGUUUGCAUGGAGGAUGAAAAGGACCACAAACUUCUUCAGCUGAUGGAGGAGAUUAUGGCAGAGAAGGAGAACAAAACCAUCAUCUUUGUGGAGACCAAGAAACGCUGUGAUGAUCUGACGAGAAGGAUGAGGAGGGAUGGGUGGCCAGCCAUGUGUAUCCAUGGAGACAAGAGUCAGCCAGAAAGAGACUGGGUGCUCACAGAAUUCCGAAGCGGGAAAGCUCCCAUUUUGAUUGCCACCGAUGUUGCCUCUCGGGGUCUGGAUGUCGAAGACGUCAAGUUUGUCAUCAACUAUGACUAUCCCAACUCAUCGGAGGAUUAUGUCCACCGUAUUGGACGUACAGCCCGCAGUACCAACAAGGGCACUGCCUACACCUUCUUCACGCCAGGGAACGCACGGCAGGCGCGCGACCUUGUCCGAGUUUUGGAGGAAGCCCACCAGGCCAUCAACCCCAAGCUGCUUCAGAUGGUCGAUUCAGGCCACGGAAGAGGAGGCGGUGGAAGAAUGCGUUACCGCGGCAGCAGCUCCCACAAUCCCAACCUGAUGUACCAGGACGAGUGUCAUCGCCGCAUGCACCCCGGAGAAGGAAGCGGCGGCAGGGAUAGUCGCUCCGGCUACGGCCGCAGCGACCACGACGACGAACCUCGCUCUUCCUCCUACAGCCGCGACCACAGGAACAGCCACAGUUUGAAUCAGUACCAGGGUUACAGCGGCAGCUAUAACUCCCGCGGCGGAGGCCAGUCUGCGAGUAGCGGAGGGAUGGAUCAGUCGAGUCAGCUUCAGGGUCAGUUCGCCCAGCCUCCUCCUCCUCCGUCUGUGCUACCAGGGGGGCCUCAGCCUCUCAUGGCUCAGCAGUUUGCUCCACCACAGCCCCCAUUAAUGGGCUUCAUUGGGCAGCCGCCCUACCGUUUUAACCCUCCCCCCGGCCCGUCUCCCCGCCCGUAGUGCUAUGACGAAGGGAUAGUUUGUACUACGUGCCUAGAAAACAUACACAGACUCUGUUUUGCUAUGGUAGCUGCAGGCUUUAGUGUCGCCCUGCGUUGUGUGUGUCUGGUUUACGUCAGCAUUACAUUCGACUGUUUUUUUAUAUAUUUUAUAUAACCUGCAUGCAUACACACAAAUGGCAUUCACUUGUCUGCGCAGUCAUUCUUUUUUGUAAUUGCUUAGCUUUGCUUCAGAAAGUGCUUUUAAUUCAUCUAUCGUAUUUUCCGGACUAUACAGUAAAUCGCUCCGGAGUAUAAGCCAACUGCACAACGAAGAAAACGACAUAAAUAAGUCACACGGGACUAUAAAUGCGGGAAACCAAGAACAGACAUUUCAUCUUGAAAGGCAACUAGGGGUGCUCCGAUCGAUCGGAUUUCCGUGAAAAAGCAUGGUAUCGGCAUAUGCCGAUACUUGAUUUAUAACGCCAAUCUGCUCUGCCCCCAUUGCAACAUAAUAAUAAUGGAUUAGAUUUUAUAGCGCUUUUUUUUUUUUUUUUUUCAAGGCGCCCAAAGCGCUUCACAAUGAAGUGAAGCUAGUCACACACUGGUGGUGGUCAACUACAUCUGUAGCUACAGCUGUCCUGGGGUAGUCUGACGGAAGCGUGGCUUCCAACUGGCACCUACGGCCUCUCCGACCACCAAACAUCCAUUCGCAUUCAUACACCAGUGUGGGCAGCAGGUCGGAGGUCUAAGGCGGAUUGCCCGAAAAGUGGCUGGAUUUGUCGUACUGGGUGGCCGGCCGUGGAGGAAACCGGUUUUGUGUGCUUUUGUAUUGCAAUUCUCCUUAAAGAAGGUGCUGAUUCUCUUAUUUUGAAAAAGUCAAAUAUGUUUUUGUCUAAAUGGAUGAUCGUAUCGGCAGCAUACGGAACAUCCUUUAUAUUAACAAAAUGGAGAAAUAGGCGUCUGUUCACAUAACGUAUUAACAGUUAUUCGGGUAACUAUAGCCUAAACAACAUAACAUAACUAGUUUACUUGCAGCUUUUAAUCUGCGGAAUAUGAUUUUCUUUUUGGGGGCAUUUGUGGUCCGUCUUUCUCUGUGGUCUUUAUAAGUUGAAGUUUACAUUUUCAGUGGUACAGGAGUAGCAGCUGCUGGCACACAAGCCUAGAGCGCCCUCUCGUGGCUGUCGGUGUGAAAGAAAACACAAGAAAAAAACAUAUAAAAGUCGCUCCGGAGUAUAAGUCGCAGAACCAGCCAAACCAUGGAAAAAAGUUUGAAUUAUAGUCCAGAAAAUACGGUAUUUCUUUCGGAACAUCUGUUGGGGCACAGCCAACCCAUUUAUUUUUUUUUUUGGAGAGGUGUAUCUAUUUGGGAUUAUGCGGCCUUGGCGGAGGUCGAGGGGCUUAUGAUGGCUUUGGCAAAGGACACAGAGAAAGGAAAAGUCUCAUGCUUGGGGAACAUUUUCUGUUAUUUCUGAGCACCAGCUGUUGUACCAAGUGGAGGUUGUCCUCCCCCACGUACAUUUGUUACCCCUGCUCUUUCACAUUCCACGUCAUUCCGUGUCUCUCUCGUCUAAGCAAGUUACUGCACCAAGUCUUCAUACCAUAAUAAGACUUUAUAUAAAUAAUUUGGUAUGUGGCUGUAUAUAUUAUCACAUUUAAACUAUAAUACAACUGAGCAGAUUAUAUUUUAUUAUAUUGAAUAUAUGCAUGCAAUUUCAUCAGUGUGUUCCACAUUUAGCCAUCUGUAUUUGUGGAUCUCAUACUAUAAUGAGGUGAUUUGAUACAAGCUCUGCACACACUGUGUGUUUUCACUCUUUAGGGCUAGCUGGAAUUCUGCUCUUGUUGGGCCUCACAAUAGUGGGACUGUUUGGGUUUGGGACAAUGUCCAGGUGAGGUCAGUAUAUCUGCCUGUCAAACGUUUGGAUGAUACAUUUGGCUUAGAAGUAUAGACAAAUGUAUACCUAUUGGAGCAUUUUUGAAAUUUUGAGUUUUUGCUUAUGUGAUGAAGAAAAUUGAAAAAAUGAUUAGAAAACAUGUCAAGAACGUAUGCGUGUCUUGUGUAUUUUUUUUUUGUUAAUUCAGUAUCUUAUAAAAUUAAACAUUUCCAAAAAAGUAACGCUCAAUUGAACCCCUGAAAUCACUUCACUUUUGCACCAUAUUCUCAUUUAUCAAGCUGCGCCUGCAGAAUUGUUGGUUCCGACUGUUUUCAUGUACAAUAUUAAUUCAAUGGAACACAUUAAAGAUGUUUUGUUGUAACCAC